AUGACGGCUGCGGCACGGCCCAAUCGACUCCGUCCUGGCGGGUACCAGCGUGUACCUGAAUGGGAGUUGGAACAACGUCAAGGCCAGCACCAGAGCCAGAUUCCACGCCAGCAGCGGUAUCAGGACACGCCCGCCGGCCCGAGCAACCAGAACACCGGCCGUCAGCUUCCCGAGAAGCCCCUGCCCGCCCUGCCACCGCCGUCCACACCCAUGCUCAUGAGCCCCGGCCCCGGGACGACCGUCGGCCUCGCCGGUCGCCGCCGCCCCGCCAUGGUCUUCUGGUGUGCCCUCGCCGGAUGCCUCCUCGCCGGCCUCGUGCUCGAGCUCGCCUGGCACGGCACACGGGCACCGCCACUUGGUCGGUUUGCCGAGUGCCUCAACGGUGGUGGUGGCGGCAACAAGACAUCGGCUGAUGUACCGCAACACUUCCAGACCUCGCCGCAGCUGUGGGCCGGCCCGACUGCAACGGGGCGGGCCCCCUUCCUGGCGCAAACCCGUCUUGUGCCCACUGGAAGCUUCGUUCCCAACAGCCCGCUCCAGACAGCCAUGCCGAUCGAGGGCAUGGCGGCACAGGACGAGGGUUUGUUCAAGUUGAUGGGCUACCUCGCGCCCUAUGAGCCCUCGCCCGGAUUCGGCGUCGACGAGUAUGGCCUACCAGAGGGAGCCGAGAUUGUGCAGCUGCAAAUGCUGUCGAGGCAUGGGUCGCGGUAUCCGACGCUGAACUCGGGCGUCACCGGCCUCGGGGACCGGCUCAAGGCCGUUGCGGGUAAGCUCAAAGCAAAAGGGGCGCUUGAGUUCCUCAACCGUUGGACCUACGAGCUCGGUCAUGAGAUAUUGGUACCAAAGGGACGAUCCGAGUUGUUCGAGUCCGGUGUGUUGCAUUCGUACAUGUAUUCACAGCUGUACAACACGAAUAGCAAGAUCAUCGUUCGCACCACGGACCGUAUGCUCAAGUCUGCUGAGUACUUUCUUGCGGGUUUCUUCGGGCUCGAGUGUUGUCCCAACGCCUGGAAGCACCAAGUUGGGACCGAGGCUUCGGUGGACUGGCAGUCGCGCUACCUAGCGAACGAAUCAGCUACCACUCGCCUUCAAGGGCUUAUCGAGGGAUACGAUUGGACCAUUGAGGAUACGUACGCUGCGCAGACAAUGUGCCCAUACGAGACGCGUGCCGUUGGUCUUGGCUACCAGCAAGAAGUUAUUGCCCGCCUCAAGAACCAUACCCUUGGCUAUUCAGGGUCCCAGAUCAACACAACCCUCGAUUCCUCGGAGGAGACCUUUCCCUUGAAUCAGAGCCUUUACCUCGACUUCUCGCACGACACGAACAUUGCCUCGAUUCUCACGGCCUUUGGACUUACGCAAUUUGCCGGUCCCCUUCCGCGCGAUAAGCUGCCUGAGACGCACAAUCUCACAGUCUCUCACCUGACGCCCUUUGCUGCGAGGCUUGAUAUUGAGAUCAUCCGCGCACCCAAGCCCGUCAAGGCUGACCGCUCAGGAUACGCUGAUAAGGGUGGGGAGACAAAGUACGUGCACUUUGUGCUGAACCAGCGGACGGUACCGCUGGGCGUGAGCUUCGAGGAGUGCGACGUGGGGCGGGUGGACGGAUGGUGUGAGUUCGAGACGUUUUUGGAAGUACAAGACAAAAUGGAGAAGUUGGCAGACUUUGAUCGGGCCUGCUUUGGAGAGGUGCCGCAGCGGCCGUUUGGCGAGGUGAAUGAUGGGAGGCCUAUAUGA